AAGUCAGUGAGACAAGACCACUGAGGUGUAGGAAACCUAAUUCAGACGUCGAAUAGUUUUCGAUCUCCGGCAUUGCCCCUCUCUGCGACGGAGAAGCUUACACGAAGACUGCACUUCUGCUCACUCGAACCCAACCCUCACUUCGCUGUCCGCCCCUCAACUCAAGCCUCACCUUCAAGAUGUGCAAAUCCGCCCACCACCAAUUCUUGCACGAUAUGCCAAAAUGCGAACACCAUCUGCACAUCGAAGGCUCCCUCUCACCGACCCUUCUCUCCUCCCUCGCCGCUAAGAACUCCAUCUCUCUGCCAGACUCCUCAGUCGAUCCCUCCUUCGCCUCUCCCACAGCCCUCGAACAACGAUACGAGAACUUCACUUCCCUCGAUGAUUUCCUCCACUAUUACUUCAUCGGGAUGUCCGUCCUGCUCCACGCUUCAGAUUUCGAAUCUCUAGCCUACGAGUACUUUACUCGCGCACACGCUGAUGGGGUCCACCAUGCUGAGAUAUUUUUCGAUCCUCAGGCGCAUACUUCGAGGGGGGUAUCCUAUGGAGUUGUAGUGGAAGGACUUGUUGCUGCGCAAAAGAAAGCAGAGAAAAACUUUGGGAUCAGUUCGAAAUUGAUAUUAUGCUUCCUGCGACAUUUACCCGCGAGUCACGCUGGAGAGACGUAUACUGAAGCUGAGGCAUUGGGACAUUUCUCCGAUGGGACAGUGGUAGGCAUUGGACUCGAUAGCAGCGAGGUCGGUUUCCCACCAGAGAUCUUCAGAGAAGUCUAUGACGCGGCUGGGAAGACGACUUUGAGAAGGACAGCACAUGCUGGAGAGGAGGGAGACCAUACAUAUAUCUCACGAGCGCUGGAUCUCUGCAAUACAGAGCGAAUCGACCAUGGUAUCCGACUAGUUGACAACGAGGAGCUGCUCAAGAGAGUAGCGAGCGAGAAGAUCUUGGUCACCAUGUGCCCGUUGAGUAACGUCCGGCUGAGAUGUGUGACGAAAGUUGCGGAUCUACCAGUCAGGAAAUUCCUGGAUGAAGGAGUGAGGUUCAGUAUCAACAGUGAUGAUCCUGCUUAUUUCGGAGGGUACAUACUUGAUAACUAUUGCGCCGUGCAAGAAGCGUUCAAAUUGAGCCUCGUGGAUUGGAGGUUUAUUGCGGUCGCUGCUAUUGAGGGGAGUUGGUGUGAUGAGGAGAGGAAGAAGACUUUGUUGGCAAAGGUUGAUGACUGGGCGGAGAAACAUAAGAGCAUGGCUUGAAUCUCAGCUACGGCAAGGGGUAGUAAUACAUGAAGAACAGGUGGCAAGAAAGUUUAUGGCCCCAUAUUGUAGAAGUGUAUCUAUUGACAAACAUACCCAUCAAAGCACGGACGCUUUGCUGUACUCUAGUCACCUGUUAGAAUACUUAGAAUCGAAGAAUUUUUACAGUAAUACCAU